UAAAAGUGAAUAGGUCAUGAAAUACCUCUAUAUACAUAAGAGAUGUACUAUAUAUAGCUCAAGUGGGAAACAAAAAGUACUUAGAAACACAAACAUGGCUUCUAAACCAGGCAUUCUCACAGAAUGGCCAUGGACACGCCUUGGCAACUUCAAGUAUUUGGUAUUGACACCAUUUGUGUGUCAUAGCAUAUACUCUUUCUUCAGCCAGAGUGACAUUUUAUACCUAAUCAUACUCCCACUUCUACUCUCGAGAAUGAUUCAAAACCAGAUAUGGAUAUCCUUAUCUCGCUACAGGACUGUGAAGGGUAAUAAUCGGAUCGUUGAUAAGAACAUCGAAUUUGAUCAAGUCGACAGAGAAAGAAACUGGGAUGAUCAUAUCAUAUUUAGUGGGUUGUUGUACUAUAGUGGAUACCUGAAGAUGGAACAGGUUCAUCACUGGCCCCUAUGGAGGACUGAUGGGAUCAUUAUAACUGCAUUGAUCCAUAUUGGUCCUGUGGAGUUUCUCUAUUACUGGUUUCACAGAGCUCUACACCACCAUUUUCUCUAUUCUCGUUAUCAUUCUCAUCACCACUCCUCCAUUGUUACUGAGCCCAUCACUUCUGUUGUUCAUCCGUUUGCUGAGGUCCUAGUUUAUUACGCCCUCUUUACCAUACCAGCAAUUGCAACAGAAUUCACUGGGACUACUUCUAUAUCUUCAUUUGUUGCUUACACCACCUUUAUUGAUUUCAUGAACAACAUGGGCCAUUGCAACUUUGAGCUUAUUCCUAAGUGGAUCUUCUCUAUGUUCCCACCUCUGAAGUACUUGAUGUAUACACCCUCGUACCACUCACUACAUCACACACAAUUCAGAACCAACUAUUCUCUUUUCAUGCCAAUGUAUGAUUACAUAUUUGGUACAAUGGAUAAGUCGUCAGACAAAUUGUAUGAAAAGUCAGUUGAGAGGAAAGCUGAAGUGCCUGAUGUGGUGCACCUUACACAUCUAACGACUCCACAAUCCAUCUAUCAUCUACGACUAGGAUUUGCAUCCUUGGCCUCGAAGCCUCAUGACAACACCUCUAAGUGGUAUUUGUGGUUAAUGUGGCCGGUCACGCUAUGGUCAAUAAUGAUUACUUGGAUUUAUGGUCACACAUUUGUUAUUGAGAGGAAUUUGUUCAAGGACCUCAAAUUACAAACUUGGGCUAUUCCAAAGUUUCGCAUACAAUACUCUAGCCCAUGGCAAAGAGAGAGGAUUAAUAACUUGAUCGAGGAAGCCAUCAUGGAAGCAGAUCAGAAAGGCGUAAAGGUUUUGAGCCUCGGACUGUUAAAUCAGGCAAAGAAGCUAAAUGACAAUGGUGAAGUUUACAUAAGGAAGCAUUCUCAGUUGAAAGUGAAAGUGGUAGAUGGAAGUAGCCUUGUUGUUGCUGUGAUUCUUAACUCCAUUCCUAAAGGAACUUCCCAAGUGAUCCUUCAAGGGCGUCGUCGUUUGUCCAAAGUCGCUUACUCUGUUGCCCUUGCCCUGUGCCAACGAGGAAUUCGGGUUGUCACGUUAGACGAGGAAGAGUACAAGAGACUUAAAGCAAAGUUUACUCCUGAGGCUGCAACUAAUUUGGUCUUGUCGAAAAGUGCAAAUGCUUCAAAGACGUGGCUAGUAGAUGAUGGAUUGAGUGAAGAUGAACAAUUGAAGGCACCAAAAGGGACAUUAUUUAUUCCUUAUUCACAAUUCCCACCUAGAAAAGCUCGCAACGAUUGCUUCUACUUGAACACACCAGCCAUGAUUAGUCCAAAACAUCUCCAAAAUGUAGACUCUUGUGAGAAUUGGCUGCCAAGAAGAGUGAUGAGUGCAUGGAGGAUAGCUGGAAUUUUGCACGCUUUUGAAGGUUUGAAGGAGCAUGAGUGUGGUAACAUGAUGUUUGAUAUUGACAAAGUAUGGAAAGCUAGUCUUGAUCAUGGUUUUUCCCCAUUAACCAUGGCUUCUGUUACUGAAUCCAAGACCUAGAAUAUAGAGAAUGAUUUUUGUUAAGAUCAUAUCUUGGAUUAGUGGUCACUUAGAAGUUGUAAAAUGUAAUAUUAUUAUUUCCUCUAUCUCAAUUUAUGUGAUAUAAUUCCGAUUUGGAGAGUCAAAUAAGAAAAUUUUUGA